AUGCAAGGCUUCAACAUGGGACGCUAUGUCCCGCCGGAGCUGGAAGGAUCGGUGUCGUUCAAUGCCGCCUCGGGCAAGGGCCACGCGCUCGGCAACCGCGCGCGGAAGUUGAAGAGCGAAGGGAUCCUCACGGUUCGAUUCGAAUGCCCGUUCGCCAUCUGGUGCACCCACUGUAACCCCGAGCAUAUUAUCGGCCAGGGCGUGCGGUUCAACGCGGAGAAGAAGAAGGUGGGCCACUACUACAGCACUCCGAUCUGGAGCUUCCGCUUCAAGCAUACCGUGUGUGGCGGGUGGAUCGAGGUGCACACCGAUCCGCAGAAUGCAGAGUAUCUGGUCGUGGAUGGCGGUCGGAGGAGGGACACUGGCGAGGACAAACUCCUCGACGGCGAGAUCCGACUCGGCGUCUCCGAGGAAGACAAGCAACGGCUCGAGCGCGACGGCGGGUUCGGCGCGCUGGAAAAGAAGGUGCACGACAAAACGCUGUUCCUCGGCCAAAAGGAGAGGUUGGACCAGUUGGUGGCGGCCAGCGAGCGAGACUGGGCCGAUCCCUACGAACGAAGCAAGAAGCUGCGGACCGAGUUUCGAGUUGGGAGACGGAAACGACAGGCAGACGAAAAGACAGGCGAGGCGCUCAAGGACAAGUUUGGCCUCGAGGUCGACAUGCUGAGCGAGCUGCCCGAGGACGGCGAACGGGCCAAGUACGUGGAUUUCGGUCAGCAGAUGGAACCCUCCAGCACCUCGAAGCCCAUGUUUCCGUCCCCGAUGCGCGGCCUGCCCGCGAGAUUCAAGCCCCAUUCGGAACUGGACCAAAGGGAACUCUUGCAAACUCAGUUGGCUGCCAAUACUCGCCUCGCGGCAGAUCCUUUCCUGCGUGAACAGGACCUGUGGGAACCCCGGACUAAACGGAAAAGGGACGAGGAGGAAAAGGAAAGGGUGCACGGCAAAGUUGCAAAAACACAGUCACGGACACAGAGCCUGGCGUUGGUUGCUUAUGAUUCUGAUUCAUCAUGA